UAUUUGUAUGUUUCAUGUGAUCUUCUUUCCUCCAAAUUGAGUACCCACAUAACUAGCCGGAAAAAAGGCAUCGUUUUCCGGGCACUUUUUGACUGUAUUGCCGGAGUUUGCCGGAAAACGUUUAAGGUUGAAAGUAGUGGGUUUUCUUGAUUGAGAUUGAAUAUGAACGGUGGAAGUAACAGCAUAGAGACUGUAAAUGCUGCGGCGACUGCGAUAGUUUCUGCUGAGACUCGAGUCCAACCAACAACAGUUCAGAAGAGAAGAUGGGGAAGCUGCUGGAGUCUGUACUGGUGUUUUGGGUCUUAUAAACAGAGCAAACGAAUAGGUCAUGCCGUCCUCGUUCCAGAACCUACACUGUCUGGUGUUGCAGGCCCUGCUGCUGAAAAUCUCAAUCACUCAACUACCAUAGUAAUACCCUUCAUUGCCCCUCCCUCAUCUCCUGCAUCCUUCCUCCAAUCUGAUCCUCCCUCUGCUACCCAAUCACCAGCUGGAUUUCUGUCCCUCACUUCCCUUUCUGCCAGUGCCUACUCAUCAGGUGGGACUGCCUCUAUUUUUGCCAUUGGUCCUUAUGCUCAUGAGACUCAGUUGGUCUCGCCACCAGUAUUUUCUACUGUCACCACCGAACCAUCCACUGCUUCUUUCACUCCUCCUCCUGAACCUGUGCAACAGACAACACCUUCAUCACCUGAAGUGCCAUUUGCUCAGCUUUUGUCAUCAUCGCUGGCCCGUGGUCGAAGAAAUAGUGGGACCAGUCAGAAAUUCUCACUGUCCCAGUACGACUUCCAGCCUUAUCAGCCAUACCCAGGCAGUCCAGGUAGUCACCUUAUAUCACCAGGCUCGGCAAUUUCGAAUUCUGGCACCUCUUCACCUUUCCCUGAUAAACGCCCAAUUGGAUUUCGUGUGGGGGAAGCUCCCAAAUUUAUUGGCUACGAACACUUUACAACUCGUAAGUGGGGUUCGAGGCUAGGUUCAGGAUCUUUAACACCUAGUGGUUGGGGUUCAAGGCUAGGUUCUGGAACGAUAACACCAAAUGGUUGGGGUUCAAGGUUAGGUUCUGGAACUUUGACACCAAAUGGUGGAGAACUGGCCUCUCGAGACAGUAUACUCCUAGAGAACCAAAUUUCUGAAGUGGUAUCACUUGCCAACUCAGACCAUGGAUCUCCGAAUGAGGAAAUUGUACUUACUCACCGUGUAUCAUUUGAGUUAACCGGUGGGGAGAUUCCAAGUUGUCUGGAAAAGGCACCCAGCUUAUCAGGUGGGACUGUAUCAGCAUCUAUAGAGGAUGCAGUAGCCAAAAGCACUGCUGAAGGAGAUGUGAUUUUGAGAAAUGCAGAGAGUUGUAAUGAAUGUUGUGUUGGGGAAGUUUUGAAUGAGAUACCUGGGAAAGCUUUAGGAGAGGAGGAUUGUCAUCGUAAGCAUCAUCGCAUCACUCUGGGUUCAAGCAAAGAUUUCAAUUUUGACAACACAAAGGGAGAAGUAUCUGACAAAUCCAACAGCGGCACUGAGUGGUGGACCAAUGAAAAGAUUGUUGGGAAAGAGUUCGAGCCCCAAAAGAAGUGGACUUUCUUCCCAAUGCUGCAGNAAACGUCGUUUUGUGUGUUCGUUUCGAGGAAGAAUACCUUUACUGUCCAGCUGAUGAUCUGUUCCCAUAGAACAAAUAGAAAUUUGGGAAUGGUCAUUUAUUGA